AUGUCCUCUUGUCAAUGUUGUCUAACGCCACAUCCAUUAAGUCUAGUCGAGCGUUUCAAUCUAUCGAUUCAAACAAUAAAGUUAAUUCGUAGAAAUUGUUCAAUCUAUGAAAAUAUUCUUCUAGAUGAAUAUGAACAUUUAGAACGAUUAUCAUCAAAUCUAAAUAAAUAUCUUAUGCUUUUUAGUACAAAAUCAAAUCAAAUCCUAUCAUAUUUACGUCAGGUUACUAUACAAUUAAAUAAUCGUUUUGAAACUUCAAUGAAAUUUUUAAAUCGAUUCGAAUGUUUGACAAUAAAAUGUUCGACUUGGUUAAAGACAAAUUCAACAAAAUCUAUCCAUUCUCAAUUAAAAUACUAUAGAAAAAAAUUUGACUUUUUCAAUAAUUCAAUGGAACAAAAUUUCUAUAAGAAUUAUUUAGGAAAAACAUUUUCUCAUGAUUUUUCAAUAUUUCAAAUAAAUUAUCAACAACUCUCUUUACAAAUGGAUUCGAUUGAACGUGAACAUAUAAAAUUAUUUUUUGAGGGUAUUCAAUUAUUUUCAUUAUUGAUUUCAUUAGAAAAUAAUGAUAAAAUUAGUUCUAUCAUAAAUGUCGAUCAAAUUAUCAGUGAAUGGAAAGAUAAAAAUAAAGUUCACAUAACUUGGUUACCCGAUGAGCAUCAACAAAAUAAAAAUAGACCUUUAUUAGCAUUAGAGAAUAAUGUGAAACAAACAUCAUCCGAUAUUAAAAUUAAGGCAAUAGAUGAUUGUUCAAAUUCUAGUCAAGAUAAGUAUGCAAUCGAAUCGAAUUUAAGUUGGUCAUUUACAAUAGCAAAUAAACAAGAAGAUUUAUCAGUAAGUUAG